AUGUUGGUGCCACUUAAACCUUUGUCAAUAGAUUCCAAUAGUAAGCAAUUGGACUCGAAACAAAAGAAAUAUCAUGCUAGUGUCGAGCGGGCGUUGGAGCAUUUUGAUUCUGUUACCGAGUGGGCAGACUAUAUUGCUAGUUUAGGAAAACUCUUGAAGGCUUUACAAAGUUGGUCUCCUCAAUUUCAGAAUGUCAAAUAUUACGUACCUUAUCCCUACCAAGUGAGCAGGAGACUUUCGUCUUCAUUGUCCCCUAAUUUACCAUCUGGUGUGCAUCAGAAAACGCUUGAAGUUUACAACUUUAUCUUUCAAAAGAUUGGAAUUGAAGCAUUAAGCCGCGAAUCAAAUAUAUGGAUACCAGGCAUACUGCCAUUAAUGUCGUAUGCUUCAAUAUCGGUCAAAUCGCCGCUUAUUGAUCUUUAUGAAAACUAUUUAGUCCAACUGGAAUCAUCGAUUCAACGCAUCCUUAUUAAGCCAAUCUUGGCGAGCUUAUUUCCAGGAGUUGAUGACGAAAGUAGUGAAUUUCAAUCAUCUACACUGGCAUUGAUUGAUUCACUACGAGAGAAUCUCGCAGAUGAUGCACUUUUCUGGCAAAGUUGUUUCAUGGUCAUAAUAAGUAACAAGGAAAGAAGAAUGGGCGGUCUCGUAUGGCUCACAAAAAAGCUUCCAUCUCUUAAUGCUGUUCCACAUAAAGUCGCCAAAAAAGCGCUCGAGCAUCAGGUGGAUGAAGAGUCGCAACCUUCGUUCAGUGACAAGAAGCAGAUUAAAGAGGAAGCACUUGAAUUACUGCUGCCAACCGCGAAACCUUUGGUCUCACCAGAUCCAGGCCUUCUUAUUAGAUGUCUGGUCUCAUGCCUUUAUGAUGAAAAUGAGCUUCUGAUUAAAAGAGGGACACUAGAUCUUCUUUUACAGAGAAUCCAUCUAGACUCACCAGUUUUACAGAUACUAUGCUCGGAAACUGACCGAAAACUUCUCAUGGUCUCAUGCUGUAAAACUAUGUUAAGCAGAGACAUGUCUAUCAGUCGCCGCAUAUGGAAUUGGCUGUUAGGACCCUCUUCAGCAUCCGUCAAUCAGCAACAAUCAGAGCAAUUAAAGGAUUAUUUUCCCCGUUAUGGUCUUGAUUGCUUGAUGAGCGGAUUAUUCGAAAUGUUCACAGUGUCAGGAUCUCUACCAGAUGCUUUUCGCAUAUGUCUUUCUUUAAUGGAUCGGUGGGAAAUAGCUUCGCUAAUGGUCCCUCGUGUUUUCCUACCAUUAAUGCAGGCCGCUCGCCAAUCGAAUGAUAAUAGUUCUAUUAUUCGAAGCGCGUCGGCUUUCUUUGAUACUAUUGAAACAGGCAUCAUAUGGGGUAAACUCUUCGAUACAGUUAACAAGGACAAAGACUACUCUUUGUUGAAGUUUGUUUUGGCGAACUUCAAUAUCGGUAGCGACGAGGAGGUUGUGAUCAGACAUUUGCCUUUGAUAUUUCUUACACUUUUACCGAUAACAAGUUCAGAGUCUCAAGUUGAAGUUUAUGAGCUUCUUAACAUAUUGGUUGAUAUGAUUCCUGAAAGGGCAUACCUUCCAAUCAAGCACUCUAGAAUGAAAUUUAGUGAUGUCAUGGAGCAAGAUGAAGUGUUAGACCGUAUAGAAAGUUAUUAUCGUGUAUUAUCCGAUCCUUUACAAACACAAAAUGUCGAUAAUUCUAACGACCUUACGGCUCCUUUUUCUACCGAAGACCUUACAUUAAUUACAGUUGAAAAAGUCCAUUCUAUUUUAGUAAGAAGCUUAACAGAAAAUUCACAUGUCAAUCAAGCGAGCGUCCUAUUCGUAAAGCUAGUUGAGAAAAUUCCAGAAUCUGCUAGUGACAUUGAAAGUCAAAGUGAUACCUUAAAAAGUUGGUCAGAUGAUGGAUUAAUCGAAGCAGUUUUUGGACUGAGGGACAGCUUAGCGAUUGAGGCCUCUGAGACGGUUUUUGGCGUUGUUGAACUGUACAGCAAUUAUCUAGCUCCUCGGAUGCCCAUCCUACAGUCAGUCAAGCUUUUGAAAAUCAUUGUCAUAUCGUUGUGGAGUUUGCUGACUGAUCCAAACAUGCAAAUGGAAGCGGUCAGAUGUUUGGAUGCUCUACGGCGAUCUGUGGAUGUUAAAUACAUUGAGAGUGCCUUGGCAUACACUUUAUUAAAGGAACCCAAAAUUUCCCAGAGAUUAAGUGCACUUGACGCUUUGUGGAUACAUCUGGAGAACAAUAUCAGUGUCACACGUAGACCCCUCGAACUCAUUCUCGAUGAACUAUUUGAUAAACAGAAUCCAAAGUAUCUCAACGUUUCUAAGUGGAUUCUGUCGAUAAUAAAUUCCGGCUCUGCAAAUAGAUUAUUUCAGAUUCUGACUGAAAAUUUGCUGCGUUGCGGGUUCUUAGAAAAGCAACGCUUGGAUGAACUCGAUGACAUUGAUAUAUUUUCUUAUCAUGUCCAAACAUUGACCAAUGUGUUAUCUACAAACGGUAAUCAAGUCGUGGCAGCUUUUAGCACGGAGCUUACUUCUGUUCAAUCGUUAGACAUGUGGAAAGGCGAAGACAUAUCAACGUAUAAAAAUUUGGUGUUAGCACUUUUACUCAGGUUUUUGCGCGUGAAAAACAAUACCUCAAGCAAAAGCAUCAGAAGUUCUUUGAUUUUAAUGGAUAUUUUAGUUGACGGAACCGAACAUAAUUUCAAAGACAUUGUUGCAUUUUUAUUGGCAUCUUCGUUGGAACAUAUUUCCUCAGAAAGCCAAGAAUCUGAAUUAAUCUCAGUCUCAUUACUAAAUAUUGUCUCCAAAGUUCUUUCACUUUCUCAUCAAAAAGUGAUUCAACUUGAUGUUAUUGGUGAUGAUAAGUCGCGCCUCAGAUACAUUGAUUUCUUAGUGACGGGAAUAUCGCAUAUGGAAAAGCCGCUACUGAUCAGUUCGUAUAUUGAACUUUUGACACAAAGUAUAAAAUACUUCAACGAUUCUAUUUUCGCAAUAAUACUACCCCUCACCACUUCUAUGACUGAAUGUAUAAGUCGGUUGUUCCAAAGGCAAGAUUUGAAAGGAGGCAAUUACCAAUCAAUAGCGCAGGUUAUGAAUGGAUUGGAGGUCCUCCUGCACGAUUCGCACAAGUAUCUGGCCGCAGCCGACAAGAGUGGUUACACGUCUUCAGCGGUAUCGAAGAACGAUUUCCUGCAGACGGUAGUAGCUAACGUGUUUUCAAACGACAAUAGAUAUGAAGAUUCAAAAAUCCAAUAUGAGAGAGAAAUAAUCCUCCAAUCUUUCAAACUAGUUGUGGACUGUUGCUUAGAUAUUUGGGUAUGGGCACAUCAAUUUUCAAAAGCGAAAGGAAGCAUUGUCAAUUUUCGUACUUCCGGCGAACACAGUUUUGAUGAAUCUCUGCAUCACCAAGCAUACAAAUAUAAAUUCAAAUCUAAGAAGCUUUUGAGCACUUUGUUCAAUAUGGAGCCCUUGGAGAUACUGGAAGAUUUGAUAAGUCGUUAUUCGGAUGAUUUCACUAUAACACUAAUUCACGUUUUAGAUGGUAACCGACCAGCACUCACUUUACCGUACCUAUUUCGCAGUAUCGUUUUCCGCUGUAACAGAAGCUCUUCUAUAACAUUUUCUACAGCAUCAUCGCUGAAAAAAGCAAAUGAACCGUCAUUAAUGAACCACUUGGAUGCUGAUUUCAUUUUGCGAUUUGUUAUAGAGUACAUUACGACAUUGGAGAAUGCAGCUGUGGAGGACUUUUAUAAUGAUUUCGUGCUUUUCAUACGGGAUGUUUCAGGAAACUAUCAGUGCUAUCAGCACCUUGUCCCACAAUUACUAAAAAUGAUUGCAAUUGUGGGUGAAAAAAUAAGCAAUUCGAAGUUUGGCGAACAGAGACGUAUAAAGAAAGACAUCUCUGAUAUAUUCUAUAAAUGUCUUUCAAAUGCUACGGUGGAGGAAACCGAUAUCGCAAGUUCUGAGACGUUUGAGAGUUUGAACUAUGUGUGCUCGAAAUUGCAAUUUGUUAUCAAUGAGCUUCCUUCGGGAGAUAAGUUCAAUAACUCUAUCUCACUAAUUGUUCAAUCAGCAAUAGCUCCACACUUUAAAAAGAAAACGGGUGAAGUUUUGCCUGGCUAUGUAUAUGAUUUGGCUUUGACGAUAUCCAAGAUUGCUGGCAGGGUAAAGAGCUGGAAGAUAUUGAUUGGUGAUAUCUUCCAUAGCGAUAAAAAGUUCACAUUGCUUCAUGAAAAUGAAAAAUGGAGAGAGAUAAUAUAUGAAUGGUCACAGUAUCCAGAUAGUAAGGAAAGAUUGAUGGCAGAACUCAUAAUUGCCAUCGGGUCUAGAAAUAGUGCUAUAACGCCAGCGAUCAACCCAUUUAAUUCGUGGAGCGAAUCUGAGGUGAACAUCAAAUGUCAGAAUAUGAAGAGAAUUAGUUAUCUGCUUUUGAUUUCCCCACAAAAUACUCACUUGUUGCAUUUUCAAUCAAUCAUGUCCCAGGUUGAACAGCACCUCCUCUCGAGUGACUCCAAAAUCAAGACAACCUGCUUUGUUCUUUUGAGAAGCUGUCUACUGCAAUUUUCGCCUAUGCAUUUUAACGAUUACUGGAGUGUUAUUUCGUACUGUUUACAAACGGGGCUCCAAAGGUUUUAUGAAUCAUUACAAAUACAGCAAACGUUUGACCCCAACUUAGUUUUGCAGAUUUCAAAAUCUGUCGACCUCCUCUUAACAUUGAAUUUUGAAGAAUUCACAGCAACUUAUGAGUGGUUAUUCAUUAUAGAUACCAUGAACUGCAUCUAUAAAACCGAUCCUUACAUGAGCUUGAUAGAUGAAAUAAGCACGAGUCAAAUUUUCGACAAAAGUGAUGAUAAUGAAAUCAAACUGGCUACCGCGGAAACUGGCAAAGUUCCUUUGCUCAAAGGGGUGCGUGCCAUUAAAUACCUUGGUCAGUUGAGGGCAUUUUUCCGAGACUUAAGUUAUAUUCAUUAUGAAGAAAUGUACGGAAUGAAAGAAGCUGACGUGGAGUCCUGCAGGUAUGAUGCUUUGUGUGAUCUCUUUGCAGCGUGA